AUGUCAGGUAUCUUUUUUAAAACUCCACUUACAGACGAAGAACUUACAGAAUUCACUCAAUUGUUCAAUUCUUUAGACAUAAGACAUAAAUCAACGGUAAAUUUCGUACAAGCUCAAACUUUAUUAUCAAAGACAGGCUUACCUUCAGAGAUAAUCAUUAAUAUUUGGAAUCUUGUAGAUACUCACCAUACUCAACAACUUGAUUUCAAACAAUUUGCUGCUUUGUUAAGAGCUAUAGGAAACAAACAACAUUAUCCUUUGAUCCCUAUAGAUACUAACUUAUUUGAAGUACCUUCCCCUAAAAUAACCUUUUCAAAAGAAGCUAAUACUACAAUCACUAGCAGCCCGUCUCUAUCGUCAGAUAUCAUUACUCAUCAUCACCAUCAUAACCAUUCAACAACGACGAAUAUGAGUAAUAACGACACCUCCAUAUCAUCGGACCCUACUUCAUUGGUAGAGAUGCCCCCACUAACUCCUAACGAUCUUUCGAAAUUUUCUCAAUUGUUUGAUAGAGCUUAUAAAGGUAAAGAUAACGUUCUAUCUGGUAAUGAUGCCAAACAAAUCUUUGUCAAGGCAAAACUGCCAAACAAAGUCCUAGGAGCAAUCUGGUACCUAUGUGAUAAUGGAACAAAAGGUUAUUUAUCUAAACAAGAAUUUAUUAUGGCAAUGCAUUUGAUCGAUUUACGUCUAUCAAAACAUGGUUCCAUGGACCCAUUACCAAGGAGAUUAACCGAAACAGUAUGGGAUUCUGUAAACCUUGACUCUAUAAAAGCUGCACCACCCAAACCUCCAACUUCUGCUCAAGCAAUGACUACCCCACAACAACAACAACAACAACAACAACAACAACAAAAUGUUAAUAGAAAUAGUAUUAUGAGUUCUAGUGGUCCUGCUCCAAAACCUCCACCACAUCGUACUCCAACACUUAACAAUGACGCUUUUGCCGCUUUCAAUGGCUCACCAGAUGAUUGGACCAUCCCAUCUCACUUGAAGUCACAAUUCGAUAGAAUGUUUGAUGCAUUAAACCCUUCAAAUUCUGAAUCUUUAACUCCUGAUGUGUUGGUUCCUGUUUUAACAAAAUCUUCAUUAGGAAGAGAAGAUUUGGCUGAUGUUUGGGAAUUAGCUGAUAUGGAGAAAAAAAGUUCUUUAACUAAAAAUGAGUUUGCCAUAGCAAUGUUUUUAAUCAAAAAGAUAAAAGCUAGGACACCUUUACCACAAGAUAUUCCUCUUGGAUUAUUGAAUUCUUUACAAGGGAGACCUGCUCAAAUGGACUCCCAAUCUAUUCGCUCAGGAACUUCCACUAACAAUAAUGCCCAAUAUCCACAAGUACAAACCCCGCAAGCAAAUAAAGAUAUAGGUCAAUUCCAGACUCCAGAGAUGCCCUCUCCAAGGGUAAAUUCACCUCAUGUCCCACCAGCCGCCCCAACUCAAGAAUCUAUUAGGAAACAAAGUGUGAACCAAUUUCCUUCUACAGUUAAAAAAGAAAUUGUAGAAACCCAAGCUAAUAUAAAAAAUCUGGAAAAUAAGAUGACUUCUGCUGAAACCGAAUUAUCGGAAUCCUAUAAAUUAGAAGUCAACAAGGAUCAAGAAUUAGAACCACUGAAGGCUAGAGAGACGGAAUUAACUGAGAAAUUAGCGGCAAUCAAAUUAAGCAUUGAAGAAUCCAGAGCUAAAACAAGCGAAUUAGGGGUUCAAAUUGAAGAAACCAAUAAAAAUAUUUCAUCUCUGGAACAAGAAUUGACAACUGCCGAAGGUAACUAUCACGCUAGUGAAGCAAGAUUAGAUGAAUUAGAUGAAAAUAUUCGGGAGUCUACUACCAACCAUGAACAAAUGGAGGCAGAAAUUGUUAAUUUACAAGCUAUGACUGCAUCAGUGAACUCACAACUGGCAUUAAAGCAAGACCAAGUUAGAGAUAUAAUGAAUUCUGUAGAUGGAACAUCUAAGACAUUAGAUUUGGAUAAAAUCACUGCAGGCAAUGUCCAAAUGGAAAUUGAUGAAUUGGACACGAAGGUUAAUCUUUACUUAAAUAAAAAAAAGGAGUUAGAUAACUAUGAGAAUGUCGUCAAAGAUCAACAUGAAAAACUUGAAAAGAAAUAUAAGGAAUUAGAGAAACAUAGCGAAAGGAUUAAGCAUUUUGAGCAACUUCUAAAGGAGAAAGAAAGUGCAUACAAAGCAAAAUUAAAUGAUCUAGGUUCUAGUGAAAAGUUAGUUAUACAUAAUGAGACUACACAAGAAGUUAAUCAAGAUGAUGCAAGCGUACUUGCUGAUAUGAUUGAUCACAUAACUUUAGCACCAGAAAACAAAUCGCCCUUAAUCGAUGACAAUGAUACACCCACUGACAGGUUACCUGAGGUCCCUACAGAAGAAGUUAUUGAAAAUUCUUCUACAAUUCAAAAACAAGAAAGUAAGGAGACUGACAAUGAUCUGGAUGAAUUCCAAGAUACCGUUGAUGAAAUCAUUCCAACACCAAAGGAGGUAGAUGCUGUGGAUGUUGCCGUUGCUGAUACGAAGUCAUCAGAUUAUGUUGAAAUUCCAGCUGAGGUAUCUGAAGAACCAUUUGAACAAAUCGAGUCGAAAGAUGCCACAGGAGAAGAAGAAGAAGAAGAAGAAGAUAAAGAAGACGAAAACGACGAAUCCAUCUAA